GUCAGAAAGGUCGUGGGUGAGAGGUGAUCGGGACACAUCUUGUUGUCUUUGUAAGAGUGGAGCUCGAUCACGCAGCCGUGUCUUCCCUCUUCCCCGAAUCCUCUCAAAACUCCCUCCCGAACCUCCCGGACCUUCCCCUCUCACCCUCCGGACCCUCGGACCCUCUCCCCUCCCGCAGCGCGCGUCAGGUUGAUCAUCCGUGACCAAAGAUCCAGAGCUCGACUCAUUGAUCAUCAUGGACUCUGGUGUGAUUGAAGGAGGACUCAACGUCACGCUCACCAUCAGACUGCUCAUGCAUGGCAAAGAAGUGGGCAGCAUCAUUGGAAAGAAAGGUGAAUCUGUGAAGAAGAUGCGAGAGGAGAGCGGCGCUCGGAUCAACAUUUCUGAAGGGAACUGCCCCGAGCGCAUCAUCACCCUCGCAGGCCCCACCACCGCCAUCUUCAAAGCCUUCUCCAUGAUCAUUGAGAAACUAGAGGAGGACAUCAGCAGCUCCAUGUCCAACAGCACGGCCACCUCGAAGCCCCCGGUCACGCUGCGGAUCGUGGUGCCGGCCAGCCAGUGCGGCUCGCUCAUCGGCAAGGGCGGCUGCAAGAUCAAAGAGAUCAGGGAGUCGACAGGAGCUCAGGUACAGGUGGCUGGAGACAUGCUGCCUAACUCUACUGAGAGAGCCAUUACUAUCGCUGGGACCCCGCUGUCCAUCAUCGAGUGUGUCAAACAGAUCUGUGUGGUCAUGCUGGAGUCGCCUCCCAAAGGUGUGACCAUCCCUUACCGACCCAAACCCUCAGGAUCGCCUGUCAUUUUUGCAGGAGGACAGGCAUAUGCGGUGCAGGGACAACAUGCCAUUCCUCAGCCUGAUCUCACUAAACUCCACCAGUUGGCGAUGCAGCAGAGUCCGUUUCCUUUGGCCCCCAGCAGCCAAGGCUUCACUGCUGGUAUGGACGCUACUGCACAGACAGGCUCUCAUGAACUGACCAUUCCAAAUGAUUUGAUUGGCUGCAUCAUCGGCCGCCAAGGUGCCAAGAUCAAUGAGAUUCGUCAGAUGUCAGGGGCACAGAUCAAGAUCGCCAAUCCAGUGGAGGGCUCGACCGACCGACAGGUCACCAUCACCGGCUCACCCGCCAGCAUCAGUCUGGCCGAGUACCUAAUCAACGCACGACUCUCAUCUGAGGCAACAGGAAUGGCCUGAACUGAUGC